UUUGAUUCUCAGCUCUCAUUCUCGCACAACUCGAGUUCUCCAGCGGCGUCUCAUGAACUCUGGUGCUCCGCGAUCCGUUGCACCGCGCAUCCGUGUCUCGUACACGAUUCGACCAGAGGGCGAUCCGCGGCAUCGCUUUGGGGUCAAUGCGCUGUGUCUGAGCACGGCGCCUCAGAAUGUCGAGCUCCCGUCUUCGUCGGCCAACCAGACGCUGUACACUGCUGGUCGCGACGGCGUUGUUCGCGCUUGGGACGUGACCCAGCCCGUUGACUCUCUCGCGAGCACCCGCACUGUCGAAACUUGCAUUCAGUCGUUCGAUGGACAUGCCGACUGGGUCAACGACAUUGCGCUCUGUCCAAACCACCAACUGCUCACGGCGUCCUCCGACACGUCCGUCAAGCUCUGGUCCUGCGACGGCGAGCUGCUCACCCCGCUGGACUGGCACUCAGACUAUGUCAAAGCGCUCGCUGUCUCGCACACGUCGCACCACGCAUUUUCGGCUGGCCUGGAUCGCUUGAUUGUCAAGUGGGAUUUGAACGUUGCCAAGCCAUCGGAGAUCCUGUCCACCGCCGUCGAGUUGAAAGGGCACAAAGACUCUGUGUACAGCCUCGCCGUUGAUCAUUCUGGCUCGAUUCUAGUCUCUGGCUCCACCGAAAAGAUUAUUCGGGUUUGGGAUGCUCGAACGCCCGCCAGUGUUUGCAAGUUGCGUGGACACACUGACAACAUCAAGGCAGUGGCGCUCAAUCACGAUGGCAGUCUCUGCCUGUCCGCCAGCUCGGACCAUACCAUCCGCUUGUGGGACAUUCGCCAACAGCGCUGCAUUGCAACGUCGGACUGCCAUACCAGCGCAAUUUGGACAGUGGCCGUGAAUGCUGAUUUCACCAAAGUGUACUCUGCGGGUCGCGACGGCUCCGUGUUUGUCACCUCGUUGGACACGUUCAAAUCAGAGCCAGUGCUCACUGAACAAGCCCCAGUUUUACGAUUGUGUUUGGAUGAGAGUGACCACGCUGACACAAAGCUUUGGGUCGCGACCACCGAUUCGACCGUUCGACUCUGGAGUGUUGCUGCAGCCUCAACGCACGGUACCAGCAGGGCCAGCGCCGACUCCUCGGCCACGACAGCGCCGCCGCCGGCUGCCCCGCUUGUGACGAUCCCAGGCGCGCCGGCCAUCGUCAAACAUCAUAUUUUGAAUGAUCGGCAAAGAAUUCUGACGGAAGACACUGCGGGCAACGUCGUACUGUGGAGUGUUCUUCAGGCGCGAAUGGAAAAGGAAUUCGGUCAAGUCGGCUUUGAUACUCAACUUGCAGCUCUACAUCAGAUGAUCAGCCUACAGUCCUGGUUUUCCGUUGACUCGAAAUGUGGAUUUUUGACAAUCCAUCUUGACUCUUCGCAAUGCUUCAUUACUGAGGUGUAUGCAUCCGACAUUGGUCUUGACGCCGAUCCCGAAGUUCGAGUUGGCUUGGCGCAGCUCGUUCUUACGAGACUGUUUGCAAAUUGGCUGAUCUCGUUCAACGCAAAGAAAGGAUUGAGCAAUGCGCUGGAAGCGGAUUCGACGCCACCGCCGCUCGGCGAACCUCAUUCACCCUUGCUUGAGAACCAAGGGCCUCAAUUUGCGUCAGAACAGUCCAAUGGCGUUGCAUCCUCACCUGCCGCGGAUCUACCUUCCCCUUCAGCCGCAAGCGUCAAGCCUCGAGACGGCAUUGUGGGAAGGCUGCAACGAAUGGCUUCCAGCAGCUCGCAGACCACAACCCCGAGUGUAGAAAUUCCCUCUGCUGCCGUCAAAGAGUCUCAGACCGGAGAGUCAGAGCUCGAUCGGCAUGAACUGGAAAUUCCAGAUUACACCACGGUCAUGCUCAUGGACAUGUCAAAAGCUGCCACAAGUUCUGGUUUUCCAUUGUUUCGUUCGACAUGCCGUGCCAUGGCGGAUGCGUGGGUGGCUGAUGCCUUGGCAAGCAAGAUGCCGCAAUGGCUAUACGAUUUCCUAACAACGAAUACCUGCAAGCGUGAGCUUGGGCGCGACAAAAUGAGCCUGGCUGUUCAACCCCAUCCUCAGCAGUUGCCCGGUGAACCACCGCUUCCAGUUCUGCCCGACCCCGCAUACGCAAAGCUCUAUGCUUUCCGGAUACUUCGUGUGAGGCGACUUGCCAAGUUUGUUGCCGACAAGCUUGGUAUUUCUAUUCCGGAUGGAUUCGCGCCAGAAGAAGUCAUUGAACUGACUUGUGACAACAAGGCGAUCGAUCCGAACAUGAGCAUUGCUACGGUGAAGCAGUUUGUGUGGUGCCAACCAGAAGACCUCGUUUUGCACUACCGAAGAUGCCCCCGCCGAUCGUAGCGUGGUGAACUCGAUUCGUUCGUGAACAAUGUGCGCUUGUCAACAAUCACAAAGCCCUUUUGUACUAUCCCGAUCAUUAAAUUUCGACCCCCCC